AUGAGCUUGCCAAAUGGGCGCACAGCUCACGAGAAUGACAACGCAAGCGAAGUCACCGCAAGGUUUUCUGGGACGACAAAAGGCAUUCAUGGAGGCCGACGAGAAGCAAAGUUGAAGCGGGAGUGCGAUAUUUGCAUUGUGGGAGCUGGCAUAGUGGGCAUGGUCGCCGCUCUUCUCCUUCGCAAGCAGGGCAUCCUCGUUCACAUCUACGAGCGGCAAGCUUCUGUAUAUCCCUUACCUCGAGCAGUGGCGCUCGCCGACGAUUCUAUUCGUCUCUUACUUGCAGCCGGUCUUGGUGUCGAAGUGCAACGCCACGUACUUAAGCAUCAUUCGCAGGAGGACUUUAUCUGGCGAGACAAGCAGCAAAAUCCACUUGUCCGACUGAACAUGGCUCAGCCUGGUCCGACCGGUCUGCCCAACGCCAGUCUUUUUAGCCAGCCGAACCUGGAAGCUGCUAUCGCACUGUAUUGCGAGCACGCAGGUGUGCCCAUCUAUCGAGGCUGGGAGUUUCAGGACGCCGUCCAGGAAGUAGAUGGCCGCAUGACGAUUUUCUUUACCCGCUACAAGACGGAGAAGCAAAUUUGCUACAACGCCGGCGUGCAGGUCCACUCCAAUUUUCUCGUCGCCGCAGACGGCGCGAAUAGCUCGGUCCGCGAGCACUUUGGAAUUGAUCGUGAAGACUACGGAUUGCGAUCCGACUGGCUCAUCCUCGACACGCUUCCGUCCAAGACAGCCGGAAGCGAUUGGCCAUGGUCACAAAUCUGCGAUCCAGAGCGCCCAACGACAGUGAUUGGUGGCGGCGGCGAUCGCCACCGGUGGGAGUUCAUGCGCCUUCCGCACGAGACUACGUCGGAGCUCACAAGCCACAAAAAUGUGUGGGCUUCUCUUGCACCAUAUGGCCUUGAUGAAACCAACUGCGAGAUCGAGAGAGCAGUGGUAUACACGUUUCGAAGCCUCAACGCACGUACAUAUUCUACCGCGAGGAACUCUGUUUUCUUGAUUGGAGACUCAGCUCAUCAGAUGCCUCCGUUCAUCGGGCAAGGACUCAAUUCAGGCAUUCGCGACGCUGGAGCGCUGGCAUGGCGCCUUAUUGCGCACUUGCGCGGAUGCCAAUCUACCGACCUGCUCGCCUCCUACACGGUUGAGCGCAGACACCAUGUGGAACAAAUGAUUAAGAAAGCCAUCGAGCUCGGUCAGCCAAUCUGUGAGACCGACGCCGGCAUCAGCGAGAAAAUGGUGCGUUCGAACGAGGAGGGCUUGUGA